CUCAUUCUGUAAAUACCUACCUACCUAAGUAUCUAUGUACAACGUAUCCAACAUGUGCAUGCCUUGACAAAUAAAAAACAUUCGGCCAAGGUAUUCACAAUCGUGUCAAUCAAUAAGACCCUAGGUUGCGCUUGGCGCAUACCAAUUGCCUUGCGACUCAGAUUCGCCAUGUCUACAGCCGACGUCUUCCUGUCGUCUCCCGCCGGCCCUGCCAGAUUGGACUCUGGCGCCAUGUCCUCUUCUCCUGGCUUGCCUUCUCUUAAUGAGAUAUUCGCCGAUGGCUCUAAAAAGCCGCCUUUACAAAGCGGGAGCUAUGUAGCACCAAUACCCAUUGAUGCCCGAACUACGUUUACAAGUGCUGCAAGCCUAUUGCGAGAAGCCCCCGAGAUCGAUUUAGAAACAGAGGAAAUCACUAUCUCACCACCGCGGAAGUCUAGUCUCAGUAAAGCGCGGAAGAAAAAGGCCCCAACACCGGUAACUACUAGUAUACCAGCUGAGGCACCUAUUCUAAUCGAGUCAUCACCAGCGGAAAAGCCGUGGCAGAAGUUCAAAAGCAAGAAGCCGGUCGCACAGGAUAGGCAAUCAUCCACGUCGAAGGGCCGGGUUGCAAAGCCAACCACCAAAGGCAAGUCAAAAGGGAAAGUCGAGACUGUUUCUAGGCACUUCGCUACUAAGGAGAGUGUUGCGAGCGGCACGGAAGAUAAAUCGGAUAAUGAUCCAAAAGCAUACAAGCUAGGAAACCAGAUUGCAAAUGACCCUUGCUGCUCAGAACCAGCGCUUAGGCGACGAAGUGAUUGGACACCACCACCAGUCGAUAGCCCAAUUAUCGGAUCUCAGUCAGAUAGUCGAGAAUUACCUUCACCAAUUGAUCGUGCGAUGGGAUCAAGGGAUGUAUUUCAAUCCCUUCAGGAUGAAUAUGGACACAAAACUACCCAGUCGACCUCGGCAUCGGACAAGUCACAGCAGGUAGAUAUCAUGAAGAAGCGCAAACAGAUUGAGCUCGUCUCUAUCAGCAGCGAAAUUGGGCAGCGUCCAAGGGAAGCCUCCCCGCCUAAGAAAGUUGUAACGAAAAAGAAAACCAGGACGAUCACCGAACUGGCAACUGCCCCGUACAUGAUGCAAAUUGAACCCGAACUAGACCUUACAGGGCCAGCGACUAAAGAGUCCCUACUGAACUACUUCGACGAAGACGGUGCUGUCAAGGCUCUGGUCGAACACCAAACUGCUGUCAUGUCCCAGAAGAAAGAUAAGGUUAAAGAACCUAAGGCAUCUGCAAAACCAAAACGCAAGAAGAAGUCCGGCACAGCGAAUAACCCGAUUCUCCUAUCUCCUAGCUCUGCGCUGAAGCAAUCUUAUAACCAGGACUUCGUUUUCGGGACGUCGAGUCAGUUGGUGGCGGAAGAAUCGCCAACCACCCUUAGAAACCUUCAACUAGCAAUACAGGCCUCAAAUCAAAUCCACUCCGAUCCGUUCGCCGAGUCUGAUAGCCAGGGACUUUGGCAUGCUGGCGCAAGAGAUACUGAUGGCGAAUUAAUGAAGAUAGAUGAUGUAGAGCUCGUCGAGGAUUUGUCUUCACUCCCACGACUUCGAAGGCAAUCGCUACAACAUCAUGAAGAAUUCACCGAUAUCAACGAUAUUUUAAAGUCGCCGGAGAUCGGCAAUCCAGAAAAACAAGUGCCGCAACCGAAUUCCAGCAUCUCUCAAUCACAGGCUAUCUCCAGUGCCCAGCCUCCCCAAACCGGUAACCAAGAGCAUACGGAGCCACAGACUACGGCCGAGGCUUCUGAUCCAAGACCAAAUUAUGAAUCUUAUACCGACGCGCAGCUUUCCAAGCAAAUCGCCUCGUACGGGUUCAAGCCGGUGAAGAAACGUCAAGCCAUGAUCGCACUUCUCGACCAAUGUUGGAGUAGUAAAAGCUCCGGAGCUUCAAUUCCUCAGUCUAGACCGAUAUCUACGACGACCGCCACAGCCGCACCUAAGAAGAGGCAAAAGAAGACCAUCGACCCGGAUCCGGAGCCGGCAAAUCCGCCGAAGCGACGCGGCCGUCCAAGGAAGACUUCAACAACGGAAACGUCCUCGACGGCUAAGGCUUCAGCGCCAAAACCUACCACCCCGAAGAAAGCUCGCGGCCGUUCUAAAAAGGGGGCUCUGAAACCCGUAGAGAUCGCGGACUCAGACGGAGACGAAGACUCGGACGACGAGUCUUCGUCUUCGCGCAUGUCCUCGCCGGAUAGAGACCACCUCUUCUCCUCGCCGCCGGCAGUCGACCUGUCCCUCUCCGAAGACGCGGAAAUGUCGCUCACGCUGUCGCCGACGGACGGGCAGACCGACUUGUUCAAGCACAUCACGCGCGCGGUGACGUCGGCGCCCAGGUCCAAGGACCCCGCCAACCCGUCCUGGCACGAGAAGAUGCUGCUGUACGAUCCGAUCGUGCUGGAGGACUUGGCGGCUUGGCUGAACGCGGGAGCGCUGGGCGGGGUCGGGUACGAUGGAGAGGUCAGCCCGGAAGAUGUGAAGAAGUGGUGUGAGUCGAAGAGUGUGAUUUGUCUGUGGAGACAGAAUCUUAGGGGUAGGGAGAGGAAGAGGUAUUAAGUGGAGAUGGUGCGGAUGUGGAGUUAAAGGGGUAAAGGGAUGGCAGUUGAUACUUCCGCCCGGAUCGUUCAAGACUCAGGAGCGGGUGUCUAGAAAGGGGCAUAGGUACAUACUGCCUACCCCUCGAGUACAUGAAUAUUAUUAGGCCACUUCUGGGUCUAUGUCAACAAUGAAUUAAGAAUGAUGAAACUUAAACGCUUGAGCAAUGGACCGGGGAUUGUCUUUAGACUUGGUCUUGCUUUCAAAUGGGGCUAAUUUCUUUCGGUGUUACUAGGCAAACUUCUGCACACGAAGCCUUUAUUCCAAUUUAUAUGGCAUUUUUUCUAUCUUACAUAUUCUCUUAUUCUAAUUUAGAUCUUGGUAUUUAAUUUAGCUUUCUAGUAACGACA